UAUGACAACACCAAUGUUUCAUACAAUUGUUGCAUCCAAAAGGGAAAUGACAUCUCGUAAAAGACUAGAGAAUCAGUCGUUGCUCCUUUUGGCACUUUUGCUGUUGUUGGCGGCACACAGCUGUGCGAGCGUAACGAUUGACGAUCGCCGGCGGCGUCGGAAGAAUGGUCAUCCUCUGGCUCGAGAGAUUCGCGUUGCCAACAAGGCAGGGGCCAAGUUUGAUUUCUAUUGGAUUCAUCCCGAAACACGGGUCUUGGCAGGUUCCAACACUGACGGAGAAGGUGUUCCUUACGGUGGAGAAUCGGCAGUCUCGAGCUUUGUCGGUCACGCGUUUGAAGUUCAGGAAUUGGAACCUUGCAAACGCCAACUUUGUCGGAAAGGAUAUUUCAAAGUGAACGGAAACGAAGACCAAAUUUACACCGUAGACAAGGAUUUUUUGGUCACCGGUGAAGAUCACAAAACGAUAGCCCGAAAAAAGGCCGCGGACGCCUUGAGUGGCUGCGCGAUCGAUCAUUCUCCUACUUCGUCCCUUUCUAGUAUGGAACAACUGGAUGCGCUGAUGGCAUGCAUUGAGGGCAAAAUUGAAGCGACAGUCCAGGCACAACAGGAGGAAAUUACCUUUAACGCCCAAAUCCGACAAUCUAUGGGUUCCAUGAUGGUCGAUUAUGUUUGCAAUGAUACCUCUAAGCUAGAAACAAGUCGUGCGCGCUUUAACGAAACGCUAACAUUCGAAGGGACGGAAAAGUAUGAUCUCCAGGUUCUAUUUCAGGGUCGCAAGGACUCGAAGGACAUUGGGAGCCGCAUUUUGCUCGCGAACGACUGGUAUACUCCGUCGGAGGCAGAAAUGCUACUAUCUGCAACCCGCCAGAAAAUGGGUGCCAGCGACGCUCUUGAGAAUGAUGAAGUUACGGUGAAAAAGCUGUUGAGCAAACUCGAAUUGUUGGUAUCGCACGCGGUAGUCUAUCAACCUCGCUACCGUGAUGUCAAUUUGACCGUGCAGACCCACAGCAACCAAGUGGCAUCCGCAGGAACCGGCGAAACAACCUACUCCACCUGCGCGGCAUCGGAAUCACCGAACGGAAUCUGCGCAGUGGCAACUACAACCAAAACAUCUCGCUCCUUGGCUGUGUCCGUCACGGCAUCCUCUCCGACGACGACGAAUGCGACCGGAGGACGGCCGGUGGCCACAUUGUUUGUCUUUGUUCAAGACGACGUGGGUGCCUUGCACUUUCCACAAACCGGUGUUCGCGUGCGCCCGCAAGCAGGACAAGUGCUGUUGGCAAUGUACGAUGAUGUCCGCCCGAACGAGGGUGAUUCGCAGAACGACCCGACGACCACUUUUGUUAACGAAUACGUGAUGUGUGCUCCACCGACCAACGACACGUUUACGGUCUUGAUUGACGAAAUUCAUCUCCAAGAGGCAUAGGCAGAAAGUUGAUGCUCCUUUUUACGCCGUGGAAGGUAGGUGGCCAGAAUAUAGUACGUACAGGUUGGAGUGGGACGUGGUUGAUAGGUAUCGUCAUUGGCGUCCGACAACACAUUCGUGCUCCCGUCAAAGCUAUUUGUAAACACAUUCAAAAUCGU